AUGGUGAAGCUGAGCACAGAGGUCCAGCAGAGGAUGCAGCAGCUCUUAAAAUGUGGCCAGUUUGCCAUCCAUUGCAUCUUUAUUGGACUCAUGAUUUACUUGGGGUAUAGGAGGGGUGCAGAUCCUGGAAUGCCUAAAUCAACUAUUUUAAGUUUACUCUGA